AUGGGGAUGAGGUUGGGUGACAAGGACAUGCCUGCAGCUUUGCAGGAGCGGCCAGCCGCUCCCCACCUCGACAUCUCUCCCGCUUGCUCCCAGCAGGUAUCCAAGUCCCCCGCCGGGAAGGAGAAGCCCGGGCAUGCACCAGUGGCUGGCGGGGGACACGUGGCCCACGUGGGGAAGGAAGCCAUCGCCGUCACCCUCCACAGUGCCAGCAACCUGCCGGCCACGCGGGAGGGCCAGGUGCCAUGGCCAUACGUCAUUGUUAAGACCGGCAGAGGGGAUGAGCAGAAGGCAGAGGCGACCCAUGCAUCCUUGGUGCCCACCCACGCGCCCACCUGGGAGGAGGAGGUGACGGUGGAAAUGGAUGCUGAAGAUGCGGGCUGGGCAGCCCUGACUCUCACCGUGGCAGACAAAGCCACCAAGGAGGCAUUGGGGACCUUCCAGCUGCCAGUGCGGCACCUCCAGCCCUUCCAGCCCCACCAUUGCAGGCUGGUGCUGCCAAGGACGCGGGAUGCCGCUGGGACGGUCCUGCACGUCACCCUCAUCCGCAAAAGGAGCUUCAUCCCUCGCUGUGCUGGAUUGAGCUAUGUGGCCUUGGAGGUGAGAGGUGGCCCUGGGGACAGGAGCUGGCGGGAGGGGUUUGCAGGGUCCGGGAUGGACCAGAGCAACUCGACUCGGGGAGGAUGCUGCUGCACGUUGUCCCCUGCUCUGGUGCUGCUGCAGGGGCUGUCGGCCCCCCUGGCCGCCCCCCCCGGGGCCCUCGUCGCCGUGGCCAGAGUUGUGACCAAUGUUCAGGAGUACAAGUGA